AUGUCCACCUAUUUCAAGAUGGCCACGCCCGCCGUAAAGUUUCGCUGCUUGGCAUGCACCGCCCGCAAAGCGGAGGCGACUGGCCGUUUUCCAGGUAAGCAGUUAGAAGACCUGCAGGGAUCACUGUCACUCAAGGAUGUGGCUGUGGUUUUCACAUGGGAGGAGUGGCAGCUACUGGACCCUGUGCAGAAAAUCCUGUAUCAAGAUGUGAUGUUGGAAAAUUAUAGCAACCUAAUAUCAGUGGGGUAUCAAGUUACCAAAGCAGAUGCAUUCUACCAGUUGGAACAUGGAACACAAUGGAUAACAGAGGAAGAAAUCCAGAGUCGGAUUCAUCCAGCACAAAGAUCCCGUACAUUUGACAUACUUGGGAAACAUUUGAAACCUAAUGUAGAGUACAUUAUUCAGAAUAAAAGCUAUGCAAGAAAUGAAGUUGAAUUUAAUGGAUAUGAUGGCUAUGAUGAAAUAUUUCUUUAUGCUAAGCAUGAGAAAAUUCAUACUGGAGAAAAAUACAAUAAAUAUAAUAAGCACUUAAAGGUUUUCAGCCAUAAGCCACAGCUUAUUAAACACUGGAAAACUCAAACAGGAGAGAAACAGUGUAACUGCUGUGACUGCGGGAAAGCCUUUUCCCAGAAGUCAGACCUCAUUAAGCAUCAGCGAACACACACCAGAGAGAAACCCUAUGGUUGCAGCAGGUGUGAGAAAGCCUUUAGUCGGAAAUCCCAUCUCAUUUUACACCAGAGAACCCAUACAGGAGAGAAACCUUAUGGAUGCAAUAAAUGUGGGAAAGCUUUUACUGAUAAGUCAUGCCUUAAUAAACAUCAGAGAACUCACACAGGAGAGAAACAGUUUGAAUGUUGUGUAUGUCAGAAAAGCUUCAGCGAUAAGUCACAGCUCAUUAUUCAUCAGAGAUCUCACACGGGAGAGAAACCCUAUGGCUGUGAUAAAUGUGGGGAAACAUUCCCCCUAAGCCUCAUUUUACAUAAAAAAACUCACACAGGGGAAAAACCUUAUGGAUGCAAUGAAUGUGGAAAAGCCUUCAUCCAGAGAUCUGAGCUCAUUAGACAUCAGAGAACACACACAGGAGAGAAACCUUAUCAUUGCAGUGAAUGUGGAAAAGGCUUUAGUGUAAAGUCACUCCUCAAUACUCACCGGAGAACACAUACAGGAGAGAAACCCUGUGGGUGCAGUGAAUGUGGAAAAACAUUCUCCAUCAAGUUUAGCCUCAUCCUACACCAAAGAACACAUAUGGGUGAGAAACCUUAUGAAUGCAGUCAGUGUCAGAAAGCUUUCACCCAAAAGUCACACCUCACUAUUCAUCAGAGGUCUCACACCGGAGAGAAGCCUUAUGAAUGCAGUGAAUGCCACAAAGCCUUCAGCCGGAAAUCCUAUCUCCUUAUUCAUCAGAGAAUUCACUCGGGAGAGAAACCUUAUGAAUGCCUCCAGUGUGGGAAAACUUACAAGUUUAGCCUUAUUAUUCAUCAGAGAAUCCAUACAGGAGAGAAACCCUGUGGAUGCAGUGAAUGUGGGAAAACGUUUCCUAUCAAGUUUAGCCUCGUUUUGCAUCAGAAGACACAUACAGGAGAGAAACCCCAUGAAUGCAGUGAAUGUCAGAAAUCCUUCGCCCAGAAGUCACAUCUUACUAUACAUCAGAGAACUCACACAGGAGAGAAACUUUAUGGAUGCAGUGAGUGUUGGAAAACGUUCUCCCACAAAUUCAGCCUCAUUUUACAUCAGAAAACUCACAGGGGAGUGCCAAAGAGGACAGAACAGUGUUAUGAACUGAACAUAUGUGGAAAUAUUGUUUAUCAGAGCAAAAGUCUUUUUCCUUUAGGGCCAAAUCAUGAAAGGUUUCAUUUACAUGGAAAAACUUUGAAGCCACGCUUAGAUUUAGUCAACCCAAGUAGAAGCUAUGACAUAAAAGAGCCUGCUGGGUAUAGUGGAGAUGGGAGAUCCUUUCUCUGUGCUAAUCACAAGCAAACUCAUACUGAAAUUAAAGUCCACAAAAGUAGAAGACCGAUCAGCACUAAGUCACAAGUCAUUAAACAUCAUCAAACACACAAAAUAGAGAAAGCCCAUGAAUGUACUGAAUGUGGGAAAGCCUUCCUCAAGAAGUCUCAGCUCACAGAACAUAAGAGAAUUCAUACAGAAAAGAAACCCCAUGCAUGUAGUGUAUGCGGGAGAACGUUUUCCAAGAAGUUCAAGCUCACUGAACAUUAGUGAACUCACAAAGGAGAGAAACCCUAUGAGUGCUGUGAGUGUGGGAAAACCUUUCUCAGGAAAUUUCAGCUUACUGAACAUCAGAAGACUCACACAGGAAAUAAACCACAUGGAUGCAGUGUAUGUGGGAAGGCAUUCUCCAGAAAGUUCAAGCUAACUGAACAUCAGAGAACUCAUACAGGAGAGAAACCUUAUGAAUGGCCUGAACGUGGCAAAGCCUUCUGCAGGAAGGCAGACCUCAUUAUACACCAGAUAAAUGAAAGAGGAGAAAGGCCCCAUCAAUGCAAUGAGUGUGGAAAAGGUUUCUCCGAAAAAUCACAACUCAUUCUACAUCAGAAAACCCACACAGGAGAGAAAUCUUAUAGAAGCAGUGAAUGUGGAAAAGACAAUCUCCUUAUACAUCAGCAAACUCACACUGGAGAGAAACCCAGUGUGCACUGGAUGUGAUAAGGCCUUCCCCAGAAGGCAUGUCUCAUAGCACAUCAGCGAUUUCAUAAAGGAAAGACUUUUGUAUGUACCGAAUGUGAAAAAUCUUGUUCACAGAAGUCAGGGCUCACCAAACAUCAGAGAAUUCACACGGGAGAUAAACCCUUUAAAUGCAAUAACUGUGGCAAAGCCUUCACUACAAAGACAAUGCUCACUGUCCAUCCAAGAACUCACACAGGAGAGAGACCCUAUGCAUGCAAUGAGUGUGGGAGAACUUUCUCCCACAUGCCAUGCCUUGUUAAACAUAAGAGAAUACACACAAGAGAGAAAUAUGUAAAUUCAGUGAAGGUUAAAUAUUCUUCCACAGAGGGUCACAGCUUAUUAAAUACUAGUGAAUUCAUGCAGGAGAAAAGCCCUGUUAAUACAGUGACUGUGCAGAUGCCUUCUAUGACCCCUCAGACUUCAUCAAACAUCAGUGGGCUCCUCACAGAUAGGAAUGCAGUCAUAGUGGGACAACCAGUUGUCAGAUGUGCACCCUCAGGAAAUAACGGAGAGCCUGUACGGGAAAGAAGUCAUGAAUGCAGUGAAGGUCGUCAUGCCUUCAGUGGUCAAUUACAUCUUAUUUUAUGUCCCAAAAAACACACAGGAAAAAACUGGUACAUUCAAUUUGGAAAAGCCUUGAGCAAUAAUGUCUAG